AUGUUGUAGCUAAGGAUUCUGCCAGAAUGUAAGUGGUUGUGUUUUGGGGGAUUUUAUAUAACAGUGUUUCGUUAGUUUUGAAUUAUGGCUGAACAUAUUUUAUGUAUUACUGCAAGUGGUGGGAUACCAUUGCUCACAAGAACAAAACCGGGAUGUUCCCCUCUAUCUUUCCCCGUAGUUGGAGCACUAAACGGAGUUCACAUGUUCGCUGCAAACAGAGACGUAAAAUUGUUGAGCACUUUAACGGGAAACAAACGAAUUGUGUGGAAAGUUUUCCAAGAUAGCAUUGUCUUGAUUGCUAUUGUUCCAUCAUUGGAUGCAAAGAUGUGCGGGAAGAGCAAUCCUGAUGAUGAGGAAGAGCAAGAUGCUGCUUUUAUCCUCCAAGAUUCCUCUCGUAACUCCUCAUCUACAAUUACAGACGCUCACAUUUCGAGACUGCUCGAAAAUGUUUUUCAUUCUCUUGUUUUUCUGACAGGACUGCAAGAACUCACCAAUAUUCAAAACGUUGAUCGUUUAAAAAAGGAUCUGAGAUCUUGUAACAGUUUAAUCGACACAUAUUUGGACACAAGUGAAAAGCAAAAGCAACCACAAUUUGAAAUGUUUGGUGAUCUAACUCAAUGUGUAGAUGUUAUGCUACAUGAAGAUUCAAAACUUCUAGAGGAACAUUUAACAGCAUUUGCUGAAGCAGCAGACAGCACAUACGGUUGUUUGGUGAAUAACGGGCAAGUAGUUUGUGCUACAGCUAAGUGGUGGCUGCUUACUGGGUUGGAACUUGCUUUACUUAGUAGGCUUAUCAACACAUUGUCCUCGUCCAUCACGUCAUGUGACAUACCCAUAUACUUACCCCACAGUAGCCCCAAUAUUGCACAUCGUCUGCUUGUGUUCACCCUCGUGUCAGGGGUGGGGGUAAAAAGUGGGGUAAGGGUGUGUGUAUUGUGCGGACCCCAACCCAGCUUAACACAAGUGCAGGAAACUUUACUAGAAAGUUUCUGGAGAUCUGCAAUGAACACCCUACAACGAUGCGCUCACUCACACACAAUACCUGACCCCCUAAUUCAAACCUUACCCUCGCCCCUUCUCGGCUUCCUAUUGAUCGAUACUGAAAACCGACGAUGCGUGUCGUUGAUGAGGCCCUCAAGUGGUGAUGCGGAUCACAUGAGCAGGAGGAAACAACAGAAGAACGAAGAGAAGUUUGAAUCUUCUUGGAUCUUUGGAAAACUGACGGAAUUUUACAAAUUCGUCGUUGGAACAUCGUUACCGUUGCCCGAAACGAUAGAAGACGAGCCAUACCCUGAUACUAUACACGAUAGUAGCCAUAUCGGGUUAUGUCAUUACCGCUGCUUAAAACGGCACAAAGCGUUCGCUUUAGUGAGGUCACAGUACCAAUUGUUUGCCGUUUAUUCUAACACUGCUCCUACCUUCGCUUUGCAAGGGUUAACUAAUCAAGCUAUGGACGUUUUACUGAAGGACCGGUUACUAUAGGCGUGGCAGACAGAUAGUGGGUGGGGUAAGAUGGGACAUUUUUUAUUUUCUUUUCUCGUCCCAUUUGUUAGUAAACAAAGAAUAUUUACAGAAUUAUAUAACAAUAUCUCCGCGAUUAAAAAUUUGUUGAAUGUUAAAAACAUGAUCUGGAAAUAUGGGAUUUGGGUGCUAACAGUAUCCCGUCUUACCCCAACGUCACCGUGUUACGAGUAGUUGUUUAUGAUUUACUGCAGUAAAGAGCGUAUUCUUGUUUCUAAACUGAGUCCUAUUUUAGCUGUACCAGUAGUACCAUAGUACAUUGCAUGUUCGUUAUAAUUAUCAAAUAAAAAUCUAUUUUAGAGUA